GCUCUGUUUUCCCCAGUGCUGGAGAAGGAUCUGGACAGCAAGCUCUUUGGACAGCAUCUUGCAAAGCGAGUCAUCUUAAACGCCUUGUCUGGCUUCAUAAGCAACCCGAAGCCCAAGAAACCGCUCACCCUCUCCCUACACGGGUGGACCGGCACCGGCAAAAAUUUUGCCAGCAAGAUCAUCGCGGAGAAUAUCUACGAGGGUGGUCUGAACAGCCACUAUGUGCACCUGUUUGUGGCCACGCUGCACUUUCCACACGCCUCCAACAUCACGCUGUAUAAGGAUCAGCUACAGCUGUGGGUCCGCGGCAACGUGAGUGCCUGCGCCAGGUCCAUCUUCAUAUUUGAUGAGAUGGACAAGAUGCACGCGGGCCUCAUAGACGCCAUCAAGCCCUUCCUGGACUAUUACGACCACGUGGAUGGCGUCUCCUAUCAGAAAGCCAUCUUCAUAUUCCUCAGCAAUGCCGGGGCCGAGAGGAUCACCGAGGUGGCUUUAGAUUUCUGGAGAAGCGGGAGGCAGAGGGAGGACAUCAAGCUCAGAGACAUAGAGCACGCCUUGUCAGCGUCGGCCUUCAACAACAAGAACAGCGGCUUCUGGCACAGCAGCCUGAUCGACCGAAACCUCAUCGACUACUUUGUCCCGUUCCUCCCGCUGGAGUACAAACACCUGAAAAUGUGCAUCCGCGUGGAGAUGCGGGCCCGCGGCUACGACGUGGACGAGGGCCUCGUCACCAGGGUGGCCGACGAGAUGACCUUCUUCCCCCGAGAGGAGAGGGUCUUCUCGGACAAGGGCUGCAAAACCGUGUUCACCAAGUUGGACUAUUACUAUGACGACUGACGGCCGGGAGCCUGCCGCUGGGAAGCUGUGGGACCGUCCUGCCUCCCGGGAUUCUGUCCCCAGGCCAGCAUCUCCGGGCCUCGGGCUCAUCCGGCGCAGCCUCAGGCCGUCUCCUCACUGGUGGUGGCCUCGAAGCAGCCCCGGCGCCUUCAGGAAGGAGGUGGCUUCCCUCGGCCCACUCGGAUCAGGGCUCAUGAUUUUUUAAAAAUCAUGUUUUAAAGUCAAGCAUUUCUGUUUUCAAGGAAAGAUGAAAAAAUUUUACUGAAAAUGUGAAAUUUUACUUAAAAUGGUUUUUAACAUUCCGAGAAACUUUUCAGACUCUCAA